AUGAUUAAAGAGUUCAAAGAUGUAAAUCCGAGAAUCUCAACAUUAACUCUGAAGAACAAAAAUCUUCACAUUGUGUUAAUUAAUGUACAUGCGCCGACGGAGGAUAAAGAUGAGGAAAUAAAAAAAGAGUUCUAUGAUACAUUAGAGGAGGUAUUUGAUACUACGGUGGGAAAUAUUAAAAUUGUACUGGGUGAUCUAAAUGCUAAAAUAGGAAAAGAAAGGAUAUACCAUAACGUGGCAGAAACGCAUAACCUUCAUGAGCAUUCAAAUGAUAAUGACUCUAGACUAGCAAAUUUUGCAUCAGGAAAAGGUUUAAUAAUCAAGAGUACUAUGCUCCCACGCAAAGAUAUAUAUAAAUAUACUUGGGUGUCUCCGGAUGGGAGGCAAAAGAAACAGAUUGAUCAUGUACUGAUUAAAAACAGAUUCAAAAAGAGUAUAACUUAUGUAAGGACAUUAAGUGGAGCCGACGCAGACUCCGACCAUUUUCUAGUAGGUAUUUGGAUAAGAGUUGAAUUCAAGAAACGAUACAGACACAAAUUAAAUACUAUAAAUAGAUACGAUAUUGAGAAAUUAGAGGAAAUUAAUAUACAGAAAGAUUAUGGCAGAAAAAUCUGCGAAACUCUCAAAGUACAGCAAGUAACAAACACUGACGAUGUGAAUGAUGUGUGGAUCAAAAUUAGAAACACUGUACAACAGACUGCAAAAAUAACAAUAGGAAUAAAGGAAAAGAGGAAAAAACCCUGGUUUAACCAAAUAUGUGAAGACGCAGUACAGAGAAGAAAGACAGCCCGGGAGGAAUGGCUGAAGGACAUUAACAAUAAAGAGAGGAUUACAGAUUUCAGUAGACGAAGGAAAGAAGCUCACAAUAUAAUAAGAUGCGAAAAAAGAAAAUAUAUCCAAAACAUUAUGAAAGAUGCUGAAAAAGACUUUAGACUAAAUAGAACCCGGGAUAUGUAUAAGAGAGUAAAUGGUAUAAAAGGAGAUUUUAAAAAGAAAGAACGUUUUCUCAAAGUUGAUGAUGGAAUGUUAAUAACUACAGAAAAAAGAAAUAGCUUAGAAAUGGAGAAAAACAUAAGUACACAAGAAUGUCCGUACCCUAUAUUAGAGGAAAUAAAAGCACAAGUGCAUAGAUUAAAAAAUCACAAAUCCCCAGGGGAAGAUUGUAUUCAAGCGGAACUCUUAAAAAAGGGAGGAGAAGAUGUUAUACGGUGGAUCUGGCAAUUGAUUAACAGGAUAAAAGGAAAAGCGGAUCAAAUAAUAGAACACAAUCAAGGAGGAUUUAGAGCUGACAGAUCCACGACGGACUAG